AUGUCCUGGCAGGCGCUGCCAUCCGCGAAACCUCCCAAGACCAUCAGCUUGAGGCCCCUGCGUGCCUCUGGAUGUCUUUAUAAAUCGGGAAAGGACGAGACCAAAGAGAAAGUGGGGCCGGUGGUUGGAGGGAGAGCCUCGUUGAGCCCGGGGGUGCUGACUGACCUGGGCAGCUUCGUGUCAAGGUCCCAGCCCAGGAGACAGAUUCAGGACCCCUCCAAACAGCCGUCAAACGCGUGUCUAAGAAAAUAG